UCAAAACUCAAAUUAGGCAUCUUUUAGUUUUUUGUAUAUAAUUCAGUUCUAUUAAUAUUUAUUGAUUCCGUUUGCGAGGAGGAAAAAAUAUUGCAUAAAUAAACUGCACAAACGAUAAGAUUUUAUUUAUCGUGGCUACUUUUGCGUAUUGUCAAAGGUGAUGUUAGAACAACAAGAAUGCAAGAUAUUUCUUUGAAAAAUCGUUUUAUUUAAUGAUAUCCGCGUGUCAGGCUUCAGAGCUGGCGAAGAAAGAGCCGACAAAGAAAGUAGCAACGCCGUUACAACUGCAAACGGACCCCAAACCGACAACGACGUAACAGCCAAAGAUAACGACAAAGCGAUCAUGAUGGAUAUAAUAAAAAAACGCGUUCAAGACGAGAUCACCACCUACCUAGACAAAGCCAAGGCGUCGGCGACGAAAAACCACCGCCCUCGUCUGAUGAGGUCCCAUUUCGACGUGGUCAACAUCCCCCCACAAAUCAACCUCCUCGAAUACGCCCAGAAAAAAUUAGAAAGACAGUUGUCCCUGGAACCCAAGUCCGUGACGGAACACGAAGAGUUCCAGAAGCAGUUAUUUAACAGCGCCGUAUCCGCCAAGAGGUCCCUGAACAUCAGACCGGGCACCCCGAUCAGGGUGACUAACAUGUUCCGAAAACUCUCCCAGGAGAACUUUACGAACUUAGAAGGCGCUCUUGGCGGUGAUUUACUGAGGCGCGAAUUCAAUCAGUCGGACGGGGACAGUGUGAUUUUGGACGACGAGGAGUUCGAGAAGAUCAACGGGCACGUUGGAGAACAGGGCGAUAAGAAACUGCGGGGGAAUUGUUCAGGUAAUUCAUUCAUGAGAUAG